AAUCGCUACGCUUCUGAAAGAAACAACGAAGAAUGGCUACAGAAUCGUGUAUGGGACACUUUUGAACGCCGAUCCUUCUCUCUACGUCUACAAUGAUAGCGUUAAAUUAAGUAUGAUGUUAAACGAUGUAUGGCUUCUGACAGAAGGUACAACCAAUGGAUAUAUCUUUCUCUCCGAUGUUAGUAAGCUAUCUUUCGGUCAUAUUGCGCGAAUGAAUCCACUGAGUCUCAAGAAACUUCUACGUUAUAUUCAAGAAGCGAUACCGAUACGCUUAAUAGAAAUUCAUGUCUUAAACGCGCCAUCCGCUAUAGAAGUACUCAUGAAUAUGACAAAACCUUUCAACAAAAAAAUGAUAGAUAUGAUACAUUUCCACUCAUCGUUGGAGACCCUUCCCGAAUAUAUCCCAAUAGAUGCGCUACCAAACGAAAUGGGUGGAAAAGCUGGUUCUAUACACGAAUUAGCUAAAAUUGAAAUAAAAAAACUUGAGGAUUAUCGCGAAUGGUUUCUGAUGGACGAAGCGACCGGACGUAUGAACGAAGCAUUGAGAAUCGGCAAAAGCAAAUUAGCAAGUGAUUUAUUCGGUGUAGAGGGUAGCUUUAAAAAGCUUGAUAUAGAUUAAUAAAGUUUAUAUAU